AUGCGUGAGCGUAAGUUGUUCGCGAACAUCAAGAAGUGUACAUUAGCAGCGAACGAAAUACCACUUCUUGGCUGCAUCGUGGGUAAAAACGGUGUACUCCCUGAUCCGGAAAAGAUCAAGGCAAUUAUCGACUGGCCUGUGCCAGUCGACGUAAAGGGACUUCGAAAGUUCCUUGGCUUGGCGGCGUACUUGCACAAGUACUCGCGCAUCUACGCCGAGAUGACCGUACAUCCAAAUCGUCUGUUAAAGAAGAACGAGAGGUGUUCAUGGAGUGCUGAGUGUCAGCACUCCUUUGAAGGUAUCAAGAAAAGUCUGAUACAAUCGCCUGCGUUGGCAAUUGCAGACCAAGACAAACCAUUCCACGUGGUCUGUGAAGCCAGCAUUUUUGCAAUCGGCUGCACGUUAAUGCAGUACGACUCAGACGGCGUUGAGCACGUCGUCUAUUAUCAAUCGCGUCAGCUGCAAGAAGCUGAGCGAAAUUAUGCGGUGCAUGACAAGGAAAUCUUGCCAUGA